CUGCUCCCAGACUCGAGCUCCAGUCCCAGUUCCUCCUGACAUCUGAGAGGCUCUGCUGAAGCUUAUCCUGGGCUAACUGUUUAUCCUGUACAGCCUGGCAACUGGCCGCACGCUCCGGAUUACCACAGGACACCCAUUUCAAAACACACUUUGCUUUCUGCUGUGACUAUUUGAAUUGAAGGAAAAAGUUUUUGGGUUUGUCAAGGGGAAAAGAGAAGCAUCUUGGAUAUGUGCUUGUGAUCUUUUUUGUUUUUGGUUGAUUUAGUAACGUUACCCUUUUUCACUUGCCCUUCUCACCUUUCCUGGAGGGCCGUGUGUGUUUGCAUGCGAUGGAUCACACACUGUUCGGCUGUCUGCGGAGCCCCCACGCCCCGGCGCAGGCCCUGCAUCCCGCCUUCACCCAGUCUCCCCUGACUCUGCACGGACGCUCGGACCACGUCUCCUACCCCGACCUGGCCUCCUCAUCCUCCUCUUCCUCCACCUCCUCACCAGCACCGUGUAUCAUCUCCAGCUACCCGGCCGAUGACGGCCUGUUUCCCGGGCAGCACCACCACCACCCCCACCGCGGCCACCUGCCCUCCCAGCAGCAUCAUCACCCACCUCAGCACCACGCAUCUUGGCAUAUCCCACAGAUGCCUUCGCCUGGUGGUGCCGCACGCCACAACCUUUGCCACCCGCACUCCCACUCAUCCCACGACAGUGGGCCCACACCCCCAGACCUGGGUCAUCCUGGUGGGCCCAGUAUGUGUGCCAGCACCCCCAGUCUGGGCAGUGGCAGUACCCCUACAGGGGCCUCCUGUGUGCCUGCAGACUUUGGCAGACAGACUCUGUCACCUGCUGAGGCUGAGAAGAGGAACAGCAAGAGGAAAAGCGACAGUUCAGAGUCCCAGGACGGGAAUUACAAGUCAGACGUGAGCAGCAAGCCCAGGAAGGAGAGGACGGCGUUCACCAAGGAGCAGAUCCGAGAACUGGAGGCCGAGUUCGCCCACCACAACUACCUAACCAGACUAAGGCGCUACGAGAUCGCCGUCAAUCUCGACCUCACUGAAAGACAAGUGAAGGUGUGGUUCCAGAACCGGAGGAUGAAGUGGAAAAGGGUGAAGGGCGGCCAGCAGGGGGCAGCAGCUCGGGAGAAAGAACUGGUGAACGUGAAAAAGGGGACUUUGCUGCCGUCAGAGUUCUCUGGCAUCGCAGCGCUCCACCACUCGACGGACUCCUUAGCCAACGAGGACAGUCACGACAGCGACCAGAGCUCCGAGCACGCUCACUUAUGAUGCACACA